AUGCAGAGGGUCGAGGAUGUGAUCACCGAGUCUGCUAAAAUUAACGACUUUGAGCGUCACCAGAUUACGCAGGACAUCUGUACCAGUGGAGUCCGGACUUUUACUACCCUUAUCUGCAUGGGCAAGCCAGAACUCAUUCGGAAAUUCCGGCUGUUGGAAUCCAGUGCCAGUGAAGGUAGCCCGGAUAGUCUAUUACCACUGACAGUUGAUGAGCUUGACAAGACCUUCCACGACCCAGCCCAAAGCGCCGCAGACAAGAAGCGCAAGGCUAAGGCAUUUUUUGAUUUGCAGUUUACGUUCUGGUUUCCGGUUUUCCCCCAACCCCUUGAACUGAGCAUCAUGAUCGUCAACCUGGACAAGACCUGGACACCUGUUUCGGAUGGCAUCGUCUAUAUCUCCAUUGGAUUUUUGGAUGGGGACGACCCGAAGUGGUAUGACGACAUUGAUAGUAUAAAGUAUCACGCGGGUGAUUGGGAAGACGCAGUCCCCUGCCUCCAGUUCGACUGGAGGUACGAUAUCGAACAAUGCGACGUACGCAUCGAGUUGGGAGGUACCGAGUCAUGGUCAAAAAUCGGCACGACCGCGCUGGAUUACGACUGGCCAGAACCAACCAUGCACUUCCCCAACAGAGAAAAUUGUAGCGACCUCGAGUGUCAUCGUCACAUCCGACAUGAAUUCGGCCACAUGCUCGGUGCUGAGCAUGAGCAGUUUUCGCCAAGGUUCCCAUGGAAAUUCGAUCGGGACGCGGUGAUAGACGAUGUCGGCUCUUCCAAGGCACAAACCGACAUACUCAAAACCUUUAGGAGGAGCGACAAUAUCAAGUGUUCUAAGUUUGACGAGGACUCAAUUAUGCUGUAUGAUAUCAAGAAACGUUGGCUGAAAAAGAAGCCUAGAGGCCCUAGCCCCAGAAGUAUCAGCGAAAAACACCAUCUUUCUGAUUUGGACAAGAGCAUUAUGAGACAGGCUUACGAUUGCCGCGACCACCACCACCAGUCUCCUUCUGUGUCUGAUUCGAGCGACUAUGAUACCGACUAUGAUGACCCUAAUCCCCCACCUCCAGACUUCCCCGGUCGAGACAUAGAUCAGCUUCGGGGAUUCUGGUAA